AUCCGGUAACCUUCUGAUUACUAGCCCGACUCCCUCACCGCUCAACCAUCUGACUCCUCGUAGUCACCAAAAACCCUGUACAUCUCAUGCGAUAACCCCAAAUCCACACAUGUAUAGCACAUUUAAAACAAUAUGAAGACUUAUACAUACAAAUAGAGACAUUUCAACCAACAGUACAUACCUUUUUAUUAAGUUUUUAAGACAAAAUAAAUCUCAACUUUAAAACUACAAAUCUUUUUCAGUUGCUUGGUCUGCCUUUGUCUACCUGAGCUGGCUCCUUAGGCCUGCAGGUCCAUCAAGUUGUAAUACCUAUUUUCUUCUCCUUCCCUUGCAUCCUCUGCAUCUUCCCGGGCCCCCCAUCCCUCACCCUUCUCCACCUUCCUGCUCCCCUCUUCUGCUUCUGGGCAGGGGUGGAGGAGAGCUGCUGUCUCAGACCUCUAUAGACCUCCGUAUUGUCCUGUCAGAGCUUCUCUGAAUGGCAUACAUAUGGUAAAGGAAGUGGGCAUAAUGGAUUCGUAAACUCAAUUCAAUUUACCGUAAAAAACGGCUAUUUCUUUAGUCUAGUUAGUAAUGCUUGAAGGUUGCCAGAUCGUUAUAUCAUAUAACAACAUUACUUUCGCUAUUGCCUUUAUUAAGGCAGAUAUAAAGAAACGUUUAUGCAUGUAAUUACGUCAGUUUGAGCCUACACUUUUAAGCCUACAUGGUGCCGUGAGCAUACAUAGAACUGUUGCCUGUUUGCCGAUGCACCUGUUCAGUUAGGGUAUGCUGGUUGACAUGGAGGUUCUGCCCCUUGCACUUGUCUGUUCACUCUGAUUGGCUAGACAGUGUGUAUGCAGAUUCCUGGCGACCCCCUGCACCUGACUCUCUCCACGCCGCUAGAGAAUGUGCGGUCAGAGACAGACAGCCCCUAUAACUAAAGGCUGUUUUACUACACAGGUCGGCAACUUCCUGAAAGCUCGCAGUGAUAAGAGUCGGCACGGUUAUGCCCUGCAGAGUCAGCGCUAUUUCAUAAUUCUUAUAAAAUAAGAUGCCACGGUCCUUCUUGAUUAAAAAACACCUCACAAACAAGAAACCAAACUAUGGGGUACUGGACUCCAAAACAAAUGGUGUCCAGGCCAUUUUCUCCCUCCAUGAGUUACCCUGUCUCAUCCCCAACUCUCCUCCUCAUCCCCAGUCUGGUUUUCCCGGGCUUAUCUCCUCCUCAUCUUGCUGCUCCUCCUGCUAUGUACAGCCCCCUGUGGUGUCUAGUCAGCCCCCAAGGCAUAAUGCCUCCUCUCUGGGAAGCCCGGAGCAGGAUAGCCCCCUGUCUCCUGCCCCUGGCUCCUUCAGUGACUCACACUCUGUUGUAGAACCCCAUGGAACCACAGAACCCUUCAAAACUCUGGAACACCAUAACUUUCUCCCUCCACCCCAGACCCUCCUUACUCCUUGUCAUCCCCCUACUCCUAGCCGACCCCCCAGCCUCCCCCCUGGCCUCGCCCCUGGUCUGGGCUUCCUCCCUGGGGUUGGACAAGAGCGAUUUGAGUGCUUUGACUGCCACAAGGCCUACUUUACCUUCUCAGGCCUGGCCAAGCACCGACAGCUGCACUGUGACUGGCAGUGCCACAAGUACUUCAGCUGCAAGUACUGCGACAAGGAGUACGUCAGUCUGGGUGCCCUGAAGAUGCACAUUCGUACACACACACUGCCUUGCGUCUGCAGACUCUGUGGCAAGGCCUUCUCCAGACCCUGGCUACUUCAGGGACACAUACGAACGCACACAGGUGAGAAGCCUUUCUCCUGUCCUCACUGCAGCCGAGCCUUCGCUGACCGCUCCAACCUACGCGCCCAUCUGCAAACACACUCAGACGUCAAGAAGUACCAGUGCAGCAGCUGCUCCAAGACUUUCUCCCGGAUUUCUCUGUUGUCCAAGCACCAGGAAGCCGGUUGCCUGCUCAACUGACUGAGGUUCAUAGUAGACCGGGGCAGGCCGCCCAUGCCUACCCUGGUCUACCAUGUCCUACCUUGUCUUACGCUGGUCUACCCUACUCAACCAUAUUCUACCCUGGUCUACUCUGCUCAACUAUGUCCUACCCUGGUCUACACUGUCCUACCCUGGUCCACCCUGGGCUACACUGUCCUACCCUGGUCCACCCUGGCCUUCCCUGAUCCACCCUGGUCUAUCCUAAUCUACUUUCAUAUCCUUUAUCCUAACCUAACCUACCCUGACCGAGGCUGACUAUAUCCUACUUGCACCAGACUAGGUUGCUCCAAGACCAUCUCCAACCCCACCAAAGACUCAGUGUACAUUGAACUGUGAUCCUGGGACUACAUAGAGACAAGCAUAUCAGGGAUAGCAUUUAACAAUAUACACCACCAUACACUGUGUGGUUUGGGUGCCAUGAAGAUGACAAGGACUUCCUCCUCAACCUGCUGAUGUGAUUGGUGGAGGGUUUCACUUGACAGAAUUGUGGGUGUAUUUGCCGCAUGCUGACAGAAAUACUUGAAUGAAUAUUAUCCAUUGACUUUCGGUUCAACAGCGGAACUGUCAGUGCCUUGUAAAGAUUUGUAUAACUGC